AAUUGGAACGCACAGUGGACGAAGAACCCUAGUUAAACCUCACGCCUUCUUCAUUCACAUCUGCCAUAGCCGGUCGAUUGCAGAGCUCUAGUCAUUGGAUAAUUGAGGAUGGGGAAACUGGGGAAGAAGGCGAGGAAGUUCGCGAAGAAGCAACUUCCCUCCGUGCUGAGGCGGCAACGGAAAAACAAGGCUGUAUUCAAGAAGAGAGCUUCAAGAGGUGGAAAAAAUGACAUCGAAGAAGAGCACAUGGAUAAUCCAACAAGCCAGUUCAAUGGAAGUUUCACCGAAUUUGAGGGCAUUGAGAAUGUUUCUCUUGGUUCGAUCUUCACUGAAAAUGACAAGGAUGAGAUUGCAGAUACAUCUGACAGUGAUGGUUAUCUUUCAGAGGAUCCAAGCUGCCCUUGUGCCACAGGAAGCGAAACUGAUAACACCUUUGGAGCAGGUGAAAGUUUUACCAACGAAUAUUCAGACCUGAAUAAGAAGAUUCAUGCUGACCUUGUAAUUCAAACCAAGAAAUUGGAUAAGCUGAGGAAAAAGGAUCCAGACUUCAGUAAGUUCUUAGAAAGCUACAACAAUAGUGCUGAAAAUUUUCAGGAUGAAGAUGAGUACUCAGAUGAAGAUAACUUGAGCGGCCAAGGGGAACAAGGGGACGAUGGUGUAGCAAAAGAGAAGAAACCCUUGACAACUGGCAUCAUCAACACAUGGUGUAAUAUGGUCAGGGAAGACCAUAGCCGGCCAGCUCUCAUUAGUUUACUGAAUGCUUACCGGGCAGCUUGUCACUACGGAGCGGACUCAAUUGGCCAUAGGAUUGAGAACAGAGAAGCCUUUUGCAACAUUAUGUUCUUCACACUUUCUAACGCAGAUGAUGCAUUUCGAGGUCAAUUGCAGAUAUCAUCUUUGAACUGCACAAAGGAGAUGUUACCUGAACUGAAGAAGAACUCAAAAUGGAAAGAAUUGAAACCAUUAGUGAAGUCAUAUGUGAGAAGUACAUUGUUCCUCUUGAAUCAGGUCACGGAUACAGACAUUUUGGCGUUUGCCAUGACUAGGCUCAGAGCGUCAUUGAUAUUCUUUGCUGCGUUUCCAGCAGUAACCCAGCGAUUGAUUAAGGCCACUGUACAUUUGUGGGCAACAGGGGAAGGAACUUUAUCAUCAGCUUCUUAUCGUGUAAUACGGGAUAUUGCUUCCAUAUUUGGUUCAAGUUACUUUGAUACCUGCCUAUCAAACACUUUAGCAGCCUUUAUUUCCAGGUCUAGCGUGACAGAAAUUGCAGACACCCAACAUCUGCAGUUUUUGAGGGAUUGCACUCUUGACCUGUGCUCUUUGAAUUUACAAAAAUCAUCUCUAAAGGCUGUAGCUUCCAUAACUCAACUUGCAAAGAUACUGAGCUGGGGCUUGCAAACAAAGAAGAAGGAGGCUCUUACGAAGAUUUGCAACUGGGAGUUUGUUAACUGCAUUGACCUAUGGGUUAUGUUUGUAUCAGCCAACAUAUCCGACUAUGAUGAUCUGCAAUCUUUGGUCUUUAUGAUGAUUAAGCUUAUAAAUGGUGUGGCUUACAUGUUUCCUGGUCCGAGAUAUUUCCCUCUUAGACUCAAGUGCAUUCAGUGGCUUAAUCGUCUUUCCGGUGCCAGUGGAAAAUUUAUUCCUCUUGCUUCGUUAGUGCUGGAUAUUUUGGAAUAUAAAUAUGCCAAGGAUGGAAGAAAGGUCCAAAAUAAAUUCAAUGUCGCAUCCGUACUGAAGUUGCCAAAACAAUAUUUAAAAUCAAGAAGCUUCCAGGAUGAAUGCUUUCAUUCUGCUGCUGAGCAGUUCUCGUUUCACUUUGCACAGUGGAGCUACCAUAUAUCCUUCCCAGAUCUUGCUACCAUUCCACUACUUCAUUUGAGAAAGAUUCAUGAGGCCACGACUGUUGAAAUCCUUCGGCGUAUGUUGAAGCGCUUGAUUGAUCAGGUGGAGCAGAAUGUGAAGUUUGUGCAGGAAAGAAGAGACGAGGUAUCCUUUUCCCCUCACGAUCAACAAUCGGCUGAUUCUUUUCUUCAGCUUGAGAAGUCCAGCCUCAAUAAACCAUUCACUCAAUAUUACCGAAGUGUUCUGGAAAGGGCUGCUGAAAGGAACUUGAAUAAAUGUGGAAAUACGAGUUCACAAGAGCAUAAAAUUUUGAAGAGAAAGAAAGCUAAGGCGGAAGGCGAAAAGGUAGCUGUCGAUCAAUCUGACGCUAAAGAAGAUCGACCAACUAAUGCAGAGAUGAAACCACAGAAAAGAAGAAAGAAAGAGUCGAAUACUAUCGGUAAGAUUAUGGCUCUACAGGUAAAAUAAAUUCGUGAUAUCAUAAGUAAAAAAAAAAAAAAAAAAAAGAAAAAAAAAACUAAGAAAGAUUUUAUUUGAAGUUAAAUUUAAAAUUUUUGGUAAGUUGAUGCCAAUUUCCUCUUUGAAGAUUAGAGGCAUUUUCAAGUUGGCAUAUAUAUAUAUGCAAACCUGAAUUUGAUUGAAUUAUAUAAGUAGACCUCUUAUGGGUUUUUUUUUUUACUUUUAUUUUUAUUUUUUUUUUUUUAAAAUUGUGUUUUGUGUUGAAUAUUAAAAUUUGGUUAUUGUAUUUUAUAUGUUGUUCAACAAUUUGAGAUUUUUAUUUAUUUAUUUAUUAUUCA